AUGCAAGCAGGGCUACCGCAAACAGGUAUGGUGGUGUUAAAACAACCUGAAGUUAGUGUCACCAACGGUCUAUGCUUAGCUUUCGAUACAUAUUCCGUCGGUUCGCGAAAACGAGACACUUCUCUUAAACUGGAGAUGCGAAAACUGGCUAUGUGUUUUAUGCGCCGGUUAAACUCCAGGAGACAUCUAAAAACAUCUCCCAAAGGCUCUCUAAUUUCGAUAGAAGGUCGACGACAUGUGGUCGACGACUUCGACGAGGAAUAUGACCGGCUCGUUGAACACCUUCACGACUGCUCGAAGAAGGCUGAGAGUGCUGAAACCACCAAGAGACGCCUGCCUCUUGAAACUCUUGAGCUGAUACGCCAGCGUGAAGCAGCACGAGCCGCAAGGAACCAAGAACUCACGUCCGAGCUCGCAAGGUUUUCCAGAAAGGCGAUUGAGAAAGACCUUAAAGAGAAAAGGGCAGAAGUUUUGGCUGAAGUUGCAGAGACGGGAAAGAGCAUUCGCUACGCUCGUCGGAACUUCGCCAAUCGUUAA